AAAAAUUUCAUCUGUCAAAUUCUUUUUUACCGUGAAUAUUUCUGUCAUUUUGUGAAUUUUUCUAAAAACAAAUUCAAUCCAAAAGAAAUUCAAUUAAUUAACCAAUUUUAUUUAUUAUAAAAUUCUAUUCAAUAUAAUCAAACAUGACUGGUUCCAUUAACAUCGAAGAUUGUCGCAAACUAGUUAAAUUCUUCAUAGAUAUGCGUCGCUACAACACCGCAUUAUUUUGGGCUGAAAAAGUCUCACUAAUGAGUGAAAAUGAUCCUCGAGAUAUUUACAUGCAAGCUAAUUGUAUGUUCCUCCUAAAAGAAUACCAACGUGCUGUAUAUACUAUCAAAAUUCAUGGUCUUGAAAAGACAAAUAUCAUGUGUUUUUACUUGGUACUUGAAUGUUUAUAUGAGUCCAAAGAAUACAAUGAAGCUAUUACACUCAUGAAUUCGACAGACUUUGAAUUCCUUUCGACAUCUUUCAUAGGCAAGUCUGGCCUUGUGGGAGACAAUAGUAGCAUUUGGUUAGAUGAGAGCAAUAAAAAUAAUGUUCUUGCCUCAAUUAUUUUCUUUAAAGGCAAAAUCUACGAAGCCAUGGACAAUCGUGGUCUCGCUGUAGACUAUUAUGUCCAGGCUUUACACAAGUCAGUAUUUUGUUUUGAGGCAUUGGACGCCUUAACUCAGCAUGACAUGCUGAUGGCAAGUGAGGAGAAUGAACUCCUCCAGCAUUUGCCAUUCUAUCAGCAAUGUACUGAAGCCGAAACUAAACUUGUUUCAGCUUUGUACUCGAGUAAAUUGAAAAAGUACUAUGAGACUGAUGGAUCGGACAUGAAUGCCGAUAGUCUGGCAAAUAGUCGAUUUAGUAAAUUCAAGUCAAUCAAAGAUCUCACGGGUAAAAUAAUGAAAACUUUGCCUCACGAAGUCCAAUUGAAUAAGACAAAAAUCUCGAAUCUCGUUGCUCCAAUUCCUCCAACGAGCAUUUUGUCUCCGGCGAAUAAGCUUCUUGAGGAUUUGAAAAAUGUACAGACAUCGUUCUUUAACAACAGCUUGUCCAAGGUGUUUCCAAGCGAAGGUGAUUCAAAUCGGAUGAACUUUAGUAACUUAAACACCUCCAAAGACACCGAUGAAGCCAAUAUGAUUCCUUUGUCUGCUUGUUUGGCUAGAAUCGAACAGAGUACUGACUUGCUAGCCGGCAAGGCCUUAAAGCUCUUUUACAACUGUGAAUAUAAACAUUGUUUGCAGGUUUUGAAUGAGUUACUUAAGAUAGACCCUCACCACCGAGAUGGAUUGACUGUUCAGAUUGGUUGUCUGGUAGAAUUGAAAGACUGUAGUAAACUGUUUUACUUGGCACACAAACUGGUCGAUAAUUAUCCCGAGAAGGCGAUUUCUUGGUAUGCUGUUGGUUGUUACUACGAUUUGAUUGGGAAGAGUGAUCCAGCGAGGAGAUAUCUUCUCAAGGCCACUUCACUAGAUCGGCUUUAUGGUCCAGCAUGGUUGGCAUAUGGUCAUUCAUUUGCCAAGGAGAAUGAACAUGAUCAAGCUAUGGCUGCGUAUUUCAAAGCCACUCAGUUGAUGAGAGGGUGCCAUUUGCCACUAUUGUACAUCGGUGUUGAAUGCGGUAUGACCAAGAACCUUGAAUUGGCGGAGCAGUUCUUUUACAAAGCUCUAUUUGUAGCCCCACUCGAUGUAUUCAUUCUACACGAACUAGGCAUCAUUAAAUACGAAUAUCAAUGUUAUGAUAGCGCUGAGGAUAUAUUCCGAGCUACAGUUGAAAUUGUAACAGCUCGUUCGAAUAAAAACAUGGAAGAUAUUUCACCAAAAUGGGAAUCGCUCUUUAAUAAUCUUGGACAUUGUUGCAGAAAAAACAAGAAAUAUGAAGAAGCACUGAAGCAUCAUCAAUUUGCUUUGCUAUUGAAGCCACAAUCAGCGCAAACAUACACAGCUAUUGGAUAUAUUUAUGCUUUGAUGGGAAAUUUAGAGGAAGCUAUUGUUAAUUGUCACAAGAGUCUUGCACUGAAUAGAGAUUGUGUGGUGACUUCGACGAUAUUGAAAAACUGCAUUGAAGAUCAUAUGGAAAGUCAAACGGAAUCUGGCGAUGAGGCAACAUUAUUUUUAAAUAUUACCAAACAGAAAAAUAUUCUUUAGAUUUGUAAUAAUAAAUAACAAUUUUAAGAUUAACUUGUUAACUUGCUAUAGUGAUUUGUAAAAUAAAAAAAUAAAAAUAAAGAACUGAAUUCGAGGAGGUA